AUGGAUGGGGGCACGAAACAGAAGGAGAUGUCCCAGAGAAUCAAAGCCCAGGUGAAGCGCCGCGCGGAUGCCCGGCGAGAGAAGCAAAUAACAGGACGGGGUUCCAGCGGUUCAGCAGAUUUGAACUUCAUACUUGAGUCAGGACGAGGCAUUGUAUCCGAGACAUCCAGGCCAAGCCAGCCGCAGAUCCACACUUUACACCACAAUGUCGUUGGACCACGUGGGUGCUCUUCCAACACUGACACGGCGGCGGCGGAAAGAGCUGUUGCUGCUGACUCCGAUCACCGCGACGAAUAUAUCAACCCUGUUCGGCCCCGGCAUGUAUCGACAAGCGAAGCAAACACGCACGGAUUCGAUCCGACGCCACCGCGCCAGAUCGUCGGCCUAGACUGGACCGUGUCGGUGCUCGGCUUUCUCGACGCCUACGAGGAAGUCGACGACCAUCUCCCGAUGCUGGCGCGUGGGCGCGACUUCGAACUCGACUUCCUGAUGAAGUACAUGGACCACGUGUUCCCCCAUCAGUUUCCCUUCUACCGCCCGGGACUGCACGAGACGGGCCGGAGCUGGAUCCUGGCCCUCGUGCGACGGAGCCGGGUGGCCUUCCACUCGGCCAUGAGCCUCAGCGCCUACUUCUUCACGUUCACGCUGAUCGACGCGUACCCGGGCCAGCAUGACUCGUGCAAGAGCCAGCUCUGGGCCAAAGUGGGCAGCCAGACGGACAUGUGCUUCGAGAUGAUCCAGCGUGACAUACGGGGUUUGCGCCAUCGUGGGUUCCGAGCGACGCUCGUCGAAAAGGCCCGCGUCAUGGAGAGUAUUGUCCAGGUGCUGAUCUUCGAGGUCACGCUGGGUCGGUCCGCCAACUGGAAUCUCCAUCUCACGCCGGCUCUUGCGUUGUUUGACGACAUCUGGACGAGUACCGGUACCGCUUCGAUCGCAGACGGAGAACGGCCGGAAUCUAAACUGCUGGCCGUGCUGGAUGCGAUGGCGUUGAGUCUCCAGUUUGGUCUCGAGCGCGAGCACGGCGGCCGUGGAGGCGGCUACGUGUGGAGCCCCGAGCAGGCCGGCUUUCGGUUCUUCACGGGUCUCUUGGUCUUUAUCGACAUCGUCGCCAGCACUGCCCUUGAGCGGCCACCUUGGCUGAGUGAGCGACAUGCACAUCUGCUUGCAGAUCGCGACCAUGGGGUGCCCGUUUUCGGUUCUGUCACGGUCCAGCUGUCCGGUCUGGUUGGCUGUCAGAACUGGGUCCUCCUCGCUGUGAGCCGGACAACGCUGCUGGACGUGUGGAAGAAGGAGAUGAAAAGGACGGCGAGUUUGUCCAUGGUGGAACUAGUUGAUCGCGCGAGCCACAUCGCUCGGGUCCUGAAAGAUGGGAUUUCUCGCCUCGACCGGCAGCGGCAGCGGCAGCGGCAGCAACAACAGGUUCCAGGCACUCGGAAUGAUAACCCUCUCGACUAUCGGUCCUAUUUCGACGGCCACGGCCACGGCCGCGACCAGGACCAGGACCAGGACCGCCUCCCUACGUCGCAGACGUCGUCAACAAGAUCGACCGAGAUCUGGGCUCACGCUGCACACAUAUACCUCGCGGUCGUUGUUUCGGGAUGGCAGCCAUCCAAUCCAGAAAUCCGCGCUUCCGUGUCUCGCGUGCUCGAGCUGCUACGGACGGCCGACCGCUCGACCCACGUGAGGACACUGGCCUGGCCGCUCUGCGUUGCCGGUUGUCUGUCAGAGGCGGGCAUUCAUGAGGAGCAAUUCCGGGAUUUGUUCGCCGACAUGGACGAGCUCAGCAUGGUCGGUGCACUGGGCGAGGCUCGCAAAGUCAUGGAGAAGGUGUGGGAGCAUCGAGAAACCCUGGACCACGAGACGUGGGAUCUCGCGGCUUGUUUCCGGAUCCUGGGCGCACCUGUACUGCUGGUGUAG